GUUCCUUCUUCUGCAUUUGUGGUUCCCAGUCGUGUUGAUCGAGUUCGUUCAUCCCAAAUGUUGCUGCAGGCCUAAAGCAAGUUUCGCAGCAUUACAUUAUGUCCCCCUCAUCCGGAUUCAUACGCUCUCUUUUAUUCCUCUGUUAUCUGUCCGUUUGAACAGCUAGAACGUCGUGCUUAAUUUGCUUUCACCUACGGUUGAUCUUCUUCAAAAAUCUCGCGUGCGUCAUUGAUGAAAAUACAUAUUUCUGUGACGAUUUGAUUUCCGAUCGAUUGUAUUAACCAUGACCUCCACAUCUCGAGGCUCCAACGGUGCCUCCAAUCAUAAUAAUGGCUUCAUCACCGUCACCAUCGCCGCGCAUCCGGAUGGCGAACCUCCUUCUUCCUCCAUCGUCCAUGACGAAGACUUGCCGGUGGAUCCGGAAGAUCCUUUCGAUAUUGCUCAGACCAAGAAUGCGCCUCCCGAGGCCCUCCGGCGAUGGAGACAAGCAGCACUUGUGCUCAAUGCCUCACGGCGUUUUCGUUAUACUUUGGACCUGAAAAAAGAAGAAGAGAAACAACAAAAGAAAAACUUGAUUAGAGCCCACGCACAAGUCGUAAGAGCAGCAUUGCUUUUCAAAUUGGCCGGUGAACGUGAAAUAGUAAUAACUACCCCUGCGCUAUCCCCAGCUCGAGUCAGUGUCAGUGAUUUUGCAGUUGGGCUUGAAGAACUUGUCUCAAUGUUUAAGGAUCAUAACAUUUCUGCUUUAGAGCGAUAUGGAGGGGUUAAAGGUUUAUCGAGUUUACUACAAUCAAGUCCCGAGAAGGGGAUUAAUGGGAGUAAUGAUGAUCUAUUAAGAAGGAGAACAGCAUUUGGAACAAAUACUUAUCCUCGGAAAAAGGGGAGAAGUUUCUUUAUGUUCCUAUGGGAAGCUUGGCAAGAUCUGACCCUAAUCAUAUUGAUAAUAGCAGCUGCAGUAUCAUUAGUAUUGGGAAUAAAAACAGAGGGUCUGAAAGAAGGGUGGUACGAUGGGGGAAGUAUUGCUUUUGCAGUUUUUCUUGUCAUUGUAGUUACAGCUGUUAGUGAUUAUCGGCAAUCUCUGCAGUUUCAGAAUUUGAAUGCAGAAAAACAAAAUAUACAACUAGAGGUCAUUAGAGGUGGUAGAAUAGUAAAGAUAUCAAUAUUUGAUGUUGUUGUUGGUGAUGUUGUGCCUCUUAAAAUAGGAGAUCAGGUUCCUGCUGAUGGAGUUUUAAUCACCGGCCACUCACUUGCCAUUGAUGAAUCUAGCAUGACUGGUGAAAGCAAGAUUGUUCAUAAAGACCAUAAAGCACCAUUUUUGAUGUCUGGCUGCAAAGUAGCAGAUGGAGUUGCUGCUAUGCUGGUAACUGGAGUUGGUAUCAAUACUGAGUGGGGACUGUUGAUGGCAAGUAUCUCGGAAGAUACUGGCGAAGAGACUCCAUUGCAGGUACGUUUGAAUGGAGUAGCGACUUUUAUUGGUAUAGCAGGGCUUUCAGUAGCUGCCAUUGUGUUGGCUGUCCUCUUGGGAAGAUACUUUUCUGGAAGUACAAAGGAUCUGGAUGGAAAUGUUGAGUUUGUCGGUGGACAGACUAGCGUUAGUAGCGCAGUAGAUGGGGUCAUCAAAAUUUUUACUAUAGCUGUCACUAUUGUGGUUGUUGCAGUACCUGAAGGUCUUCCCUUGGCUGUCACCUUAACCCUUGCUUACUCAAUGCGAAAGAUGAUGGCUGACAAAGCCUUGGUUCGAAGGCUCUCAGCUUGUGAAACUAUGGGUUCUGCUACAACAAUUUGCAGUGAUAAGACAGGAACAUUGACAUUGAAUCAGAUGACUGUAGUUGAGGCAUAUGUCGGGAAGAAGAAUAUCAAGCUACCGGAGGACUUACCAAAUUUGCACUCAGAAGUUGUAUCUCUAAUAAAUGAGGGUGUUGCACAGAAUACUAGCGGAAAUGUUUUUGAGCCCAAGGGUUGUGGAGAAGUAGAAAUUUCGGGAUCUCCUACAGAAAAGGCAAUCCUUUCUUGGGCUGUCAAGUUGGGAAUGAAAUUCGAUCUUGCCAAGUCAAAUUCAACAAUUCUACAUGUCUUCCCCUUCAACUCGGAGAAAAAGCGAGGGGGUGUUGCGCUGAAGCUGGCGGACUCCAGUGUGCACAUUCAUUGGAAAGGAGCUGCGGAGAUAGUUCUAGGCUCAUGUACUCAAUACCUUGAUUCAAAUGGUCAUUUGCAAUCAAUUGAUGCCGAGGACUUUUUCAAGCAGGCUAUUGAUGACAUGGCUGCUCGCAGCUUGCGGUGUGUUGCCAUUGCAUAUAGAUCAUAUGAAACGGACAAAGUUCCCUCUAAUGAGGAUGAUUUGGCCAAGUGGUCCUUGCCUGAGGAUGAACUUGUUUUGCUUGCUAUUGUUGGUAUAAAGGAUCCCUGUCGCCCUGGAGUCAAAGAUGCUGUCAAAUUAUGCACUGAAGCUGGGGUUAAGGUACGCAUGGUCACUGGAGACAAUAUUCAGACGGCAAAGGCAAUAGCUUUGGAGUGUGGGAUACUUUCUUCAAAUGAAGAUCUCGCUGAGCCAAAUGUAAUUGAAGGAAAGAGAUUUCGUUCGUUAUCUGAAAAUGAUAGGGAACAUGUUGCUAAACAAAUAACAGUUAUGGGGAGAUCUUCUCCAAAUGACAAGCUUUUGCUUGUGCAAGCACUGCGCAAGGGAGGAGAAGUUGUUGCUGUCACAGGAGAUGGCACUAAUGAUGCGCCUGCACUUCACGAGGCAGAUAUUGGUCUUUCAAUGGGCAUUCAAGGAACUGAAGUUGCAAAAGAAAGCUCAGAUAUCAUAAUCCUGGAUGAUAACUUUGCAUCGGUAGUGAAGGUUGUCCGAUGGGGCCGUUCUGUAUAUGCAAAUAUUCAGAAAUUUAUCCAGUUCCAGCUCACAGUUAAUGUUGCAGCUCUUGUUAUAAAUGUUGUGGCUGCAAUAUCUUCUGGUGAUGUUCCUUUAAAUGCAGUGCAGCUUUUGUGGGUCAACCUUAUCAUGGACACUCUUGGGGCCCUUGCAUUGGCCACUGAACCACCAACGGACCAUCUUAUGCACAGAUCACCAGUUGGCAGAAGGGAAUCUCUUAUAACAAAUAUUAUGUGGAGGAACUUGCUCAUACAGGCUUUAUAUCAAGUUACUGUUCUACUUGUUCUGAACUUCGGCGGCGAUCAAAUUCUGCGAAGUCAUUACUCUAGAGCUCGUACACAUCAACUGAAGAAUUCUUUGAUAUUCAAUGCAUUUGUCCUCUGCCAAAUAUUCAAUGAGUUCAACGCUCGGAAACCAGACGAAAUGAAUGUCUUCCGUGGAGUGACUAAGAACCACCUCUUCAUUGGAAUUGUUGCAAUCACCUUUGUACUUCAGAUACUCAUCAUCGAGUUCCUUGGAAAGUUCACGAAAACCGUGAGGCUUGAUUGGAAGAUGUGGCUUAUUUCUCUUGCUAUAGGGCUGUUCAGCUGGCCCCUGGCUGUAGUGGGAAAAUUAAUUCCUGUUUCAAAAACACCACUCUCACGGUACAUGUUAAAGCCAUUGAGGCGAUGCUGGAAGCCUCGUGGUUUAUGAUAAGUUCAAAAUUCAAAUGGCGGUUCUUAAAGUGAUCACCAACCAUCAACUAUUGGGAGAAUUACACAUAAGCCCAACUCAAGAUAAUUAAUUACUGUUAGGUGCAAGUGGGAUCUUAAAGUAAUUCUCCCUUAACUAUUUAAGUAAAUAAUACUAUGCUUCCUUGAAUGUUCACUUCUUUCAUUUGUAGAAUACUGUAUAGUGUCUAAUGGCUUAAAGGGUAAAUUUGUCUUGGAAA